UACCACACCAGUGUUAAAUAAGUGUAAAAUUAAGCAUACAAAAUCAACAGUACGUGUCCAAAAUCAGCUGCGUCUGAAACAAACAAUGCGGUACAUAAAUACCUGGACUCUGGCUUGCUAAACGAAUUAACUGGUGAAAUCAGUGAGAAUUAGUUGUGCCCAGCAAGAGACGCGUAACUAUAGUUAAUGAAGAAGAAGACGGAAGCCCACGCGAUGACGACACAACGAAAAGUGCGGCGCAAUCUCCUGACUGCAAGUGGAUUGGCGUUGGCAUUGUUGUUGUUGUUGUUCUAUUGGACAGACAUGACGCGCGGUUAUUUUGCGUCUCUCGAUGAGGCGGAAACAAACAAAAACUGUUUCUGUGAGUUGGAGGGCUCAAUAAAUGACUGCAGCUGUGAUGUGGACACCGUGGACCAUUUUAACAACAUGAAAGUUUAUCCCCGACUGCAAAGUUUGUUGGUGAAGAAUUUCUUUAGAUUCUACAAGGUAAAUCUGAAGCAGGAGUGCCCCUUCUGGCCGGACGACAGUCGAUGUGCGAUGCGCUUCUGUCAGGUGGAGAACUGUGAGGAGAAAGCCAUACCGCAGGGCAUCAAGGACAAAGGGGAGCACAGGGAGAAGUUGGCAUCUUUCAAGUAUUCAAAGGAGGCGCAAUUGGACAGAGGUUGCUCCAAUGCGGAGGACUUUGACAGCGCUCUGGGAUUCUUGGACACUAGCAUAAGCGAUCAGGCGCACAAGGAGUUUGAACUGUGGGCGAAACAUGACGAAGCUGAGGAAGAUUUUUGCAUUGUCGAUGAUCAUGAUGUGGGCGCCCAAUAUGUGGAUCUAUUGCUUAAUCCUGAACGUUAUACGGGCUAUCGAGGAGAUUCAGCGCAUCGCAUUUGGAAGAGCAUCUACUUGGAGAACUGUUUCGGUGGCAACAACGAAACGGCCAAUAAAUUCUCAAGUUAUAUGCCCCAUUUGGAUCUGCGGAAUGUGUGUCUGGAACAGCGCGCUUUCUAUCGCAUCAUCUCUGGUCUACACUCCAGCAUAAACAUACAUUUGUGCUCAAAGUAUUUGUUAUCCGAGUCAAAGGACUUUCUUGAUCCCCAAGGCAUUUGGGGACCCAAUGUCAAGGAGUUCAAACAGCGUUUCAGCCCGGAGACAACGAGUGGCGAGGGACCGCACUGGCUGAGAAAUCUAUACUUUAUAUAUCUGGUGGAACUACGCGCAUUGGCAAAGGCGGCGCCUUAUUUGCGUCGCGAGGAUUAUUACACUGGCAUUGCCGAGGAGGAUGAAGAGGUCAAGCUGGCCAUGCACGAUAUGCUGUCAGUUAUUGAAUCUUUUCAGUCUCAUUUUAAUGAGAAUGCGCUCUUUAGCAGCGGCAUUGCCUCCAUAAAGUUCAAGCACGAUUACAAGGAAAAGUUCCGGAAUAUAUCCAGAAUUAUGGACUGUGUGGGCUGUGACAAGUGCAAGCUGUGGGGCAAACUGCAGACACAGGGCCUGGGAACAGCUCUAAAGAUUCUCUACUCAGAGAAACUCAAUUUGGCCACUGAAAGUGGACUGUGGGAUAAGCCACAUAUUGAGGCUGAUCCAAUAUUUAGGUUGUCACGCACAGAAAUUGUUGCGCUUUUUAAUGCGUUUGGCAGAUUAUCCACCAGUAUAUACGAGAUGGAAAACUUCCGACGUGUGCUCAGGUAGCCCAUCUUAUAGGCAACACAAACAGUGCUCGAUGCAAUUUUCCCUUAUUAGAGCAACUUUGUGCAAUUGCUCAAGACUCUAGUUAGCUGAAUACGCACAAUGUGGACUUUAUCUAGUGGAUCUUAAUACCCGGUUUCCCUCCAAUAGUUACCAACCACCCCGAGGCUAUCUAUUGUACAUACAUAUUGGGAAUACAUUAAAUAUUAUUAUUUGUAGGCUACUUGUACUUUACUACUAUACUAUACUCCCCUCUGCGUUACACAGGUGUAUUUUAUUUAUUGUAAGUUAGCGUAUAAUUAUUUAUUGUGUACUAUGCCUAAUUAUAUUUAGGAAACAAUGAAAAGACCGUUGUGCAAUAAUAA